GGACGCCGGCCGUCAUGUGGCCCACAGGAGCGGGGACUCGGCCGCCGUGCCCGCGGGAGUCGGCGCUGCGCCGGGCGGCCAUCAGCGGGAACGUCCAGGCCCUGCCCCCAAACCACGUGCCCACCGGCCGCAGCGUGAGGGUCUUCAUCUGCGCCAACCCCGACGAAACGGAGGCAGAGAGGAACGCUCUGAAGGAGCACGUCUACCCCAAGCUACGGGACUUCUGCAGGGAGAACUACGGCAUAGAGUUCCAGGUGGUGGACCUGUACUGGGGCGUGGACCCUGAGGAGUGGGACAACCCGGACCUCCAGCGCCUCCGGAUGAAGCUCCUGGAGGAGUGUCUGAAGACCUCCGCCGGGCCCUGCUUCGUGGGUGAGAUGAAUAGAGGAUCCCUGGAGGAUGAGCUGGACUUCGCGCUGGGCAAGCAGACGCCCGCCUUCCUGCGCAAGUGCGUGUGCUACAUCCGCAAGAUCGCCGCCUUCGAGCGCUUCGCCAAGCUGCCGGAGAUGGCGCGCUACAUGGACACGGUGCCGGGGCCCGAGCGCGUCAUGAGGAACCAAGAGGCCCACGAGCGGCUGCUGAAGGUGCGGGACGAGUUCAUCCCCACGGUGGUGGCGGCGUCCAAGCUGCGCGUGUACUCCUCCGUCACGCACUGCGACAUGAAGCUGGGCUACUCGCAGGAGGUGGAGAGCCACUACGUGGAGGGCCUGUGCAAGCAGUUCUACGAGGACAUGGUGGACAUCAUCCAGGCCACCGUGCAGCAGAACCUGGACGCCGAGACGGAGCCGCUGUACGACGAGCUGCUACAGCACACCUCGCUGUGCCAGACGCACGCUGCCCUGUACCAGCACCGCAGCGAGCCCCUGGACGGCGUGCUGGACUACCUGCUGCCCGCCCAGGGGGGCCGCAUGAGCCCCCUGGUGGUGCACGGCGGGCCCUGCACCGGGAAGACCCUGCUGCUGGCCGAGGUGGCCAGGCAGGCCUACUCCUGGCUGCAGACAGAGAUGGGCCCUGAGACUGACCCGGUGGUCAUCGUCCGCUUCAUCGGCUCCACCCAGGUCUCCAUGGACCUCCGCACCCUCUUGCAGAGUAUCUGCGAGCAGAUCGCCAUCAACUACCGAUGCCUGAUCCACUUCCUGCCCACCAAGAUCCAGGAGAUGAGGGAGCUCCUGGUCAACCUCCUGGCCGAGGCCUCCUUCCAUCGGCCGCUGGUGAUCAUCCUGGACGCCCUGGAGCAGCUCUCUGAUGCUGAAGAGGCCCGCAAGCUGUGGUGGUUCCCCGCCCACCUGCCGAGGACGGUGCGCGUCGUGGUCUCCACCUUGCCCAACAAGCACGGCAUCCUGCAGAAGCUCAGGCACCUCAUCCACGACGAAGGGCGCUACGUGGAGCUCAUCCAGCGGGAUCGGAAGGUCUGCAGCCAGACGCUCAAGCAGCAGCUGCUCAGGGUGAGGAGGAAAGUCACGUCGGGGCAGCAGAUCUACGUCAACGAGGCCCUCGCCAAGUGCACCUUACCCAUGUUCGUCAACCUCAUCUACAGAGAGGUGGUCCACUGGAGGUCCCACAAGGACGUGGAUGACAGGUCCCUGUGCUCCACGGUGCACGAGAGCAUCGAGAAGCUCUUCUACUCUGUCGAGAACAAGCUGGGCCAGCGAUUCGUCUUCAGAGCGCUGGGCUACAUCACCAUGGCCAAGGCAGGGCUAACGGAGCUGGAGCUUGAAGACAUUCUUUCACUGGACAACAUCGUCCUCGGCGACGUCAUCGUGGCAUCGUACCUCAAGAACCCCCUGAGGAUCUCCUACGACCUGAUUGCCAGGAUCAGAGAGGAGCUGGAGGGAUACCUGGUGGAGCGGCAGGUGCGAAACGUCACGCUCAUGGUCUGGGCCAACCGGCACCUCCACCUCAUCGCUCAGAAGCUGUACCUCAGCAACGAGGAGGACGUCCAUCAGAUGCACAGUCUCCUCGCAGAGUACUUCCUGGGGGCGUGGUCGGGAGGCAGGAAGAAGAUCUUCACCUACGACAACAACCACUUUACUUCCCUGAACAUUUCGCAUCACAAGAACCCACACCAACAGCCGUCCCAUGAGAAAACGUCCUCGGACAAAUACUCCUAUGACAGGCAGACCCCAGAGCAGCCUUGGGUGUUCCAGUGCAACCUCCUAGAGCCGGACAUCUUCUUCGUCAACCACAGGAAGAUGACGGAGCUGGUCUACCACCUCAGCAGGAGCGGCCGCACAGAUGACCUCAUGUUCGGGGUGAUCAUGAACUUCAGCUGGCUCUACACCAUGAUCAAAAUUGGUCAGUUUGAAAAGGCCCUCACAGACAUCGACCUGGCCUACAGUUACUCUCAAGAGAAGGAGCUCAAGUUCUUGGCCACUACUCUCCGUAGCGUUAAGUUGAAAGUGAUGAAGAGCCCUGCUUCUUUGUCCGCCGAGCUGCAGCAAAGACUCCUGCCGGUGGUCACCUCUCUUCCAAAGCUAAGACACCUUCUGCUGGAGUGUGACAAAGAUGGCCCCAAGUACUGCUCCAUUGUGCCGCUGCAUUCCUCAAUGGACGUCACCUACAGUCCGGAGAGACUUCCCCUCUGCUCCAGCUACAUGCAGAUCGUCGAGAUCCUGCCCACCCUCGCCCCAAACAUUGUUCUGGUAGCCUUGGAGGAUGGGUCCAUAAGCACCUGGGACGUGGAGAGCAGACAACUCCUGAGACAGAUCGACACAGCCAGAUCUGUGGUGCUUGGCAUCCGGCUAACCACGGAUGAGAAGUACCUGGUAGUAGCCACAACCAAAAACACAUUGCUCAUCUAUGAUAAUCACAAGUCCUGCCUUCUGUCUGAGGUUGAAAUCAAGGGGUCCAAGCAUGGCGGUGUUGCUGGUGACGUGGCGUUCAUUAAUGGUUUCACCUUGUCCAGCCAUCAUGCCUUGGCCUGGCUUGAGGCCAGCAAAGAGGUCAAUGUAAUUGACCUGCUUUACGGUUGGCCGCUCUACCAGUUCCAUUGCUGGUAUGAGGUCACCUGUGUGCAAUGCUCUCCCGAUGGGAUGUAUGCCUUCUGUGGUCAGUACCUUAACAGUGCGACCAUCUUUCAUCUAGGGAACGGCGAUAAGUUAGCCACAGUGACAUCUGAGUUUUCCGGGGGCUUUGUCAAGUCCAUCCUUGUUCUAGACACCAUCAACCAGAUGGUGAUGGUUGACAACGAAGGCAGUCUUUCGGUUUGGAACACCAAAGACAUCAAUAACCCAAGGUUGAUGGAGGAUUACGAUUGCCGAGGGGAUGAGAGCGAAGUGGUGAGCAUUGAGUUGUCUGAGGACCAGCGCUCGAUUCUCAUCUGCAAGUCCAUGAGCAUUGAGGUUCUGGACACCAAGCUAUGGAAAAUGGUGGAGAAGUUCAAAGCCAAACGUACAGAGCUUUUUGUGGCCGCUGUUCUCUCCAAGAACGGCCAGAGCAUCGUGGCCUCCAUGGAGAACACCUCCUCCAUCUUUGUGUGGCGGAGAGACAGUGGACAAUGCAUGGCCAGUUUGAUUGAGAUCUCGGGGGCUAUUGUCAAACUAAUAAAGUCCACCCACCACAAUCUGCUCCUCUCUGUAGCCAGUAGCGGAGUGCUCUCGGUCUGGGACAUUGAUAUCAUCACAGCUAUGUCCAACAUCGAUAAAACAGGAAAGAAGAUCCAGACACUGCAGUUGUCCGGCAGGGAAGACUAUGUGUUUACCAUGGAUGGUUCAGAGGCAAUCCACAAGUGGAACUUCAACACAGGCUUCAUCGAAACCAUCUUCAAGCACGAGGGCAUCGUGGAGAACUGUGUCCUGACCUCCUCAGGGGAUCUCAUGGUUACCUCAGAUGACAAGUGCUGCCAGUACAUUUGGCAAACCGGCACCGGAGAGAAUAUCUUCCGCAUCAAUGGGCAGAGGAUAUCUCAGCUCCUGAUCACCCACAACGACCAGUUUGUUGUGUCCCUCUGCGAGCAGAACGCCUCCAGGGUCUGGAGGUUGGCCACCGGGCAUAAGGUGUGCAACAUCUUAGUCACCCUCCAGAAUGCACUGAUCACCACUGCCAACACUUUCCUUGUGGGAACAACGAAGAACAAACUCCUGGCCGUAAGCCUCUGGUCAGGCAGCGUGUCAAAGAAGUUCGUCUGCGACGAUGGCAUCACCAUUAUCAACUUCAAGCUCAUUCCCGACUGUCCUGAUUGUGUGGUGUUCAUAACAUCUACAGAGACCGUCUUCAUUUGGAGCGUGGCGGACGAAUCUGUCUGCAGGAGGGUCCAGUUGCCGACCAACUUCCUUAAGAACCUAGAAGACUUCCAGAUUUCACCCAAUGGGAAAUUAGGUAUCGUCUCCAAGGGCGACGAAAACAUCAACGUCCUGGACCUUCACAGUGGGAAGCUGAGACUGGUCCACGCCUCUGGCAUGAUAUGGCGACAGAAGCUCUCCCGAGACGGCCGAUACCUGGUGUACAUCUGCUUCCACAACAGUGACGAAGACGACGAGGCUGGCGUGGUCUCCAACCUGAUCGUGAUGCGCUUGGCCGACGGUAAAAGCAUCGGCACGUGUUCGCUUUACAAGACACCCACCUAUCUCUGCCUUUCCCAGCGAGCGCUCAACAUAAUCAUCGGCUUCGAGGACGGCAGCAUUGGCACGUACACGGUGGUGGACCGUGUGGACGCUGCGCUCAAGAUCAAGAUCGCCACCUCUAACAGCCGACAGAUAGUCAACAACGCCUCGCAGAAAGUGCGCCCCAAGUGCGGAAACCACUCUUUUAAGACGAUCGCUGACUGCAUCUGGAGGGAGUCCACAGAGAUCUUCUCGAGGGACAGUCCUAUCAACGUGUCAGACUCUGGCGAGGCCGAGACCAUAGCUCCCUCCAAGAAGAGCGAGUUGCUGCAGUGAAGAGAUGGUUAAUGGCGAGGGAUGUGAUUAAUGUGAAGGUCGAUGGAGUUGUAGGGUUCCCUGUUUACAGCCAAGUAUGUCCGCUGCAGAUUUUCAGCCCGCUGGGUAGUUUCUAGGUUGAACACAAUUACCGCUGCAUUUGUCAUAUAUUGCUUGACUUCCAACUUGAUGUAAUUAUAUUAUUUUAUGUGUUACACUUGAAGACUGUUCAAUUAAAUCUUGGGGUUUUUUGUUUGUAUCUUUUGAAAAAAAAAAAUAUUGUUUGUGGUAUUCGUUUGCCAUUUUGUGCCCUUUCAGCAUUUGAAGUUAUGAUUCAAAUGUCGUGGCUAAACAUGUCCAAAGCCAUUCCAGUGAAUUCCACCAUUCUACUUUGAACAUUUUGAUCUAGUUCACAUUGUGCACAUUAAGCCAUAAUGUGGUAACCACAGGUAUAUUUAAGUUUGUAUGUUUGUAUUUACAUCAGUUGGUAUGGUAAAAAAAAGAAGAACAAUGAAU